CCAUCAUCCUCCACGUCGCACCGCCAGCAAAUCAAGGUGCUGUGAACAACCACCCGCAAUAACUACCCCAUGUUCAGUCGACUGAAUCAGGUCGUCCGUCACCUCUCUCGGCCGCUCCCGAAUUACGCGCAUCGCUCUGCAGCGAGCCCCCAGUUAUCCUUCCAAACAUCCAUAACGUCAUCAGCCAUGGCGACUGAAGGCCAAGGGAAGAGCCUCAUACACACGGCGGCAUGUCUGAUCAUCGGGGAUGAGGUGCUUGGCGGCAAGACCGUCGACACGAAUUCCGCAUACUUCGCCAAGUUCUGUUUCUCUCUCGGGAUCAACCUGAAGCGGAUAGAGGUUAUUGCCGACGAUGAGGACGAGAUCGUGGAAGCUGCACGACGCAUGUCCACGAAGUACGAUUUUGUAGUGACAUCGGGAGGCAUUGGUCCUACACAUGACGAUAUCACGUAUCAAUCGAUCGCGAAAGCCUUUGACCUACCGUUGAAACUACAUGAGGACGCGUUUGCACGGAUGAAGCGGCUGUCGAAGCCGCACCCUUCACAACCAAACUUCAGCUGGGACACACCGUCAGCGUCGUUGACGGCGAAGAAGCGGAUGAUAGAGCUGCCGCUGGACGACUCAAAACCAUACGAGGACCAGGUGGUGUUUGUCGACGAGACCCUCUGGGUGCCCGUAAGUGUCGUCAACGGGAAUAUUCACAUCCUGCCCGGGGUGCCUAGGCUGUUCCAGCAGAUGCUGGAUGGGCUGAAGCCGCGCAUACUGCCGCGGCUGACAGACCCCGAGGGCAAGGGCGUACAACGGAUAUUGAUCUCGACGCCAAUGGCCGAGAGCGCAAUUGCAGAGUAUCUGACAGAGCUGGCGGGCAGGGUGGAGCCGAAGGGAGUCAAGGUGGGCAGCUAUCCGCGCUGGGGCAAGGAGCACAACACGGUGACGCUGGUGGGACGCGACCUGGAGUUCAUGGAGAGCCUGGUGGCAGAGGUGGAACAGGCCGUGCAAGGGAAGCGGGUGUCGGUCGAAGGGGAGGACGACGCAGAGACGGCCGAUCCGGAGGCGGGCAAGCUGGCGUCGGGGUGAGGGACAGAGGUGACAAGGCCACGCAAUAGAGGCGAGUUGCGGAAUAGUGCCCGUGACGAUGGUGUUGCAGUGAGCAGUGAGUGGCAGGUGGCAACAGCAACAGUGAGACGCGGACCGUCCCACGGCGGCCGUGCCGUGCUCGCAGCGAUGUUCUCGAAAGCAUGCAGAAGCCGUCCAGCGCCGCCGCGUUGGGCUCUAGCCGUGCCCGUCGGGGAGCGCCAA